UUCCAAUAAAACUUUAUGGACAUUGAAAUUUGAAUUUCAUUCACAUCUUGGAAGGCCAAAUAUAAUGGCAAAUGACCCCUGUUAUGGAUUGAAUGUUUUUAUCUCUCCAAAAUUCAUAUGUUGAAGCCCUAAUAUCCAGUGAUGAUAUUUGGAGGUAGGGCCUGUGGAGGUAAUAAUGUAUAGAUGAGGUCGUGAGGGUAAGUCAAGUCCUCAUGAUGGCAUUAGAGUCCUUAUAAGAGCUAAUAUUCUCUCCACCAUGUGAGGACACAUCAAGAAGAUGGCUGUCUGCAAGCCAGGAAGAGGGGCCUCAUCAGGAACUGAAUCAGCUGGCACCUUGGACUUCCCAGCCUCUAGAACUGGGAGAAAUGUGUCUGUUGUUUAAACACCCAGUUUAUAGUAUUUUGUUAUAGCAACCCAAGAAGGCUAAUAUAACCCCCAAAGAAUGACAAGUGACAUAGCUAUUUUGCCACCAUGAGGAAGCCCACUUGGGAUAAAGCUGCUCACAGACAGAAACCAAGUCCUUCAUGAUGGCCUUAGGGCACUGAAUGCAAGCUUCUCUGACAUGCACUCUGUCUUGAGACCAUUAUUGCACGACAUAAUAAAUUUCCCCAACCUCUUUUUUUUUUUGGAUCAACUUGUGUUUUCUGUCACUUGCUGAGUAAAGAGCAUCCAUCUGCAGAAGGGGUAAAAGGAAGAUAAGUAGUGGGGAGGGCAGUGUCGGUCUUGGAGAAAGGGAGAAAAGCUUAGAAUAGACCAUUGGCCUCAUGGUGUAUUAGUCGGGACUGGGUGCAAAUGACAGAAACCCAUCUUGAGUGAGUUUAAGCCAAAAAGGGGGAAAUUAAUGACUUGGGGUGAUUAAUAUUAAUAAAUAUUGAGCACCUACUAUAUACUAGGCACUGUUCUAAGCACAAGGGUUACAAAUUAGCACAAAAUAGACAACAUGGCUUUCAUGGAGCUUAGAUGAGCAAGUAAGCAAAAUAUAUAGUAUGUCAGAUGGUGAUAGGUGCUACAGAGAAAAGGCAGGGAAGGAAGAUUGGGAAUUGCUGGGGAAAGUGGUGCAAUUUUAAACAGGUUAUAAGGAGGGGUGCCUCACUGAAAUUUUCAGGUAACAUUUGAAUAAGGACCUGAGGGGAGAAGGGACAGAGCAAUAUCCAAGUUGAAAAUUUUUCUUGGUAGACUCAGCCUCAAAAAAGAAGGCAAGGGCAAGUUUAAAUCCCUGAGGCAGGCGCAUGUCUGUCCUAUCAGAGGAACAGUGAAGAGGAAGCCAGUAUGGCUCCAGCAGGCCAGUGAGAGGAAGGGAAGGAAGAUAUGAGAUCAGAAUGGUAACAGGGCUCUGGUCUUCAUGUAGGGACAUUCAUUUACUGAAUAUUUUAUCUAGUAGCAAAAUCACAUGCUAUUUUUCCAAGGGGAGAGGCUCUCAUACCUGGAGGGGGCGGGAGAAAGAGAAUAGAGUGGCAAAAGCACAGGACAGCCCUUAAGCUCGCUUCGCUGUUCACCCGUUAGUGGUUCUGAGUGGUUCAUCUGCUAGGUCUGUGAGCCGAAGACGACGGAGUAUCCUCAUGUUCUGCUGAGAAUCCUGGUUUCAUCCUUCCUGAUCAACUAGGUGCGGUUCAAUCCCGAUAGUCCAAGCAGGAUAUACUAUUUCCAUCCUAAGGACCUCUUAGGACCCCCAACUCUUGUUGGUCCCUACUUGGUGUGUUUGUUAAGCAAGAAUUGUGGGCGUGACGACCGUGGGCAUCAAAAGUCUGAGCCCCGCCCCUGGAGGAACUCCGGUAUUUCAGGACCUUCAUCUUUAAGAUCCGCCCCCUCAACUUUUUGAAAGGGCGGGGCAACGAGAGCACCUGUCACCUCCUUCUCUCCACCCCGUUGGUUCUCACGUGUGUCCGCCUGUUCAAUAACAGCUCUUCUUCCGGGACUUUCUGGUCACUGCAACCAAUCAGAGUGUUGUUUCCUUCCUUACCCAUUGUCAGCCCGCUGCCAAUCGGCGCACUUCUACAAACGCCCCUUAAAGGCGCCGCCAACGCCUCCCGAGCAGGGGCGAACCAAGUCCUGGGUUUCUGCCCUCAUCUGCAGUAUGGAGUCGUCCCUGGGGCGGCCUGGGCCCGAGGCGGACCUUCUAGCUCUGAGGGGACAGCAAGCCGCGAUCUUUGGCAGCGGGCCGGGCCGAACGCCCUCUGAAUCGCCCUCAGGCCUCCGGGUAUCCGGGGAGGAAGAGGCCGAGAACGUUGGGGGCACGAGCCACCACCCCAGGGCGUCCCCGAAGACUUCGAGCUGCAGUGUAGUCCACCGGCCUGAACGGGAGGUCCCGGAGAACGUGCCUGGCCUCGCAGGGACGCUGUCUGGGGCGGGGAGACGCCGGGGGACGCCGGGUCCCGAACACGAUCUGCACGGGUCCUCCCUGCACCAGGACCCUGAGCCGCCAGAGGACAAACCUGCAUCCGAAAGGGUCUGCCGUCGAGGAAGCAGGGGAGGCAGCGAGAUAGAUGUUGAGCAGCAGGAGGAAGACGACGUGGAGGCAGCGGCGAUCGGCAGGGCUGGCCGCUCGUUCUCCGGCCGCCUUCAGGACAGCCGUAGCCUGGACGGGCUGAGUGGGGCGUGCGGUGGCGCCGGGUCCGCAGGGGGUGCGGAGUCUGGCGCGGGCGUCGGGCGUCGCGCCACCAUCUCCAGCCCCCUGGAGCUCGAGGGCACGGUGAGCCGCCAUGGUGACCUCACCCACUUUGUCGCCAACAACCUGCAACUCAAGAUCCGUCUGAGCGGAGCCCCUCAACCCCCGCCCCCUACCCAGCCCUGUUCAGCGUCCGCACUCAUUCCAGCCAUCCCCCCAAUCGAUCCCGAGGUGCUGCGGGACCUGGAGCGGCUGAGUCGGGAGCUGGGCGGCAGGGUGGACCGUCUGCUUCGCGGGUUGGGUGGCGCGGUGCAGGAACUGACAGCGCUGAGCGUGGGCUGUAUCCAGACCUACCGCGACGCUGUGGACUCCCUAGGCGAAGCUGUGGACAUGAGCAUCAAGGGAAUGUACACCCUGCUGGCGCGCUGCGAGGAGCUAGAGCGGGCUCUGCAGCCGGUGCAGGGGCUGGCGCGCCAAGUCCGGGAUAUCCGACGCACCCUGGAGGUGUUGGAGGCCCUGUGCAAGUGACCAGGAGGGUAGGAGAGGCCAGGCCCGUGCCAAGGCCCAGCAGAAUCCUAAGGUCUCUUCAAGGAGCCCUGGUGGGAACUGCCCGCUGAGAGGAGGCCUAUAUAUUGGAGACUCUUCCAGAUGCAUUUAGCAGGCCCAUGACCACUCGAUGGGCCUUAUGCAGGUGUAUAUGGGGAAGUUCUAAAGGCUCUCCUGGUGGGAGGGUAUGAUGCUCUGCUUCAAUUCAAUUGGCCAUCUAUAGCUACCUUGUUCUCCCCAACUCUUCCCUAGCUACCGCACCAUCCCUAAACUCAGGGCUUCAGGUCUAGGCUUGGUAGACAUGACUGCCAUAUGUGAUCAAGAAAGGAGAACAGAGGGGGCCCCAGCCCCCACUGUGGCCACCCUGACUCCAGUGGCCACAUCUCAGGUGCCAGGGGCUGUGGGAGCUUGAGUGGUCCUUGGCCACACACCAUGCAGACAAGGAUGCACACCUGCAGAUGGAUAACCUCUUGCUUCUAACCCCCUGACCCCUACCAUCCCACUUCUUCAGCCAGAACCAGGGUGGAGCUAGAAAGAAUGCAUUGCAUGGUAGAGGGGGUGAGUUGGGAGGGGUCUCACUGUUCUCAGGUUUCAGUAGAAUUUUUGCUGGUUUUGAAGCUUACCUGUUGUGGAGUGUUCUAAUCAGUUUUGGCUUUCUCAGUUUUUGUGGAAUUAAAGUGCUGCUGCUGCUAAGGCUGA